AUGCGGUUCUCCGAAAAACAUCCUAUAAUCUUAGCUGCACAUCCUCUUGUGAACCUCCUCGUGCAGCACGUGCAUUUAAGAUCUCUUCACGCGGGGCCUCAAUUAACUCUAGCUACUCUUCGUCGUCGAGAGUACUGGAUAUUGCGUGCUCGAAAUAUCGUCAAAGCUGUCGUUUUCCGCUGCGUAGUAUGCACGCGUGAAAAGGCAGCUACUCCCAAUCAAUUGAUGGGAAACUUGCCUUCGGUGCGCGUUUCUCCUCCUGCGCGCGCGUUUAUUAAUUGUGGUCUCGAUUAUGCUGGUCCCGUUUUAAUCAGAUCAAUGUCGGGACGCGGUGUCGCUUCCCGCAAAGCCUACAUCUCCAUCUUCGUCUGUAUGGCCACGCGAGCCAUACAUUUAGAAUUAGUCGAGAGUUAUUCCACUCCAGCCUUCUUAGGCGCCUUUUCAAGAUUCUGCUCCCGACGUGGCAUGCCUGAAUCAGUCUACUCUGAUAAUGGAACCACUUUUGUAGGCGCCGAUCGCGAAUUGGCCGCAUCAUUUCGAGCCGCGCUGCGCGAUCCAACUUUUCAAAAUAGUGCCGCUUCCGACGGGGUGUCAUGGCACUUUAUGCCUCCAUCCGCGCCUCACUUCGGCGGACUAUGGGAGGCCGGGGUUCGCAGUGUCAAGUAUCAUCUUCGCAGAAUCGUCGGUUCACACACUCUUACGUUCGAAGAGUUCACAACGAUUCUCUGCAACAUUGAGGCCUGCCUAAACUCGCGCCCUAUCGCGCCUCUCACUGAUUCCGUCGACGAUUGCGAUUCUCUGACGCCCGGUCAUUUCUUGAUCGGAUCCGCGAUUACGAUCGCGCCUGAACCCUCUGUACUGCAUCUAAAUGAGAACCGUUUGACGCGCUGGCAACUUGUUCGCCAGCUCACAGAACGUUUCUGGAAAAUCUGGCAGCAGGACUACAUCAAUACCUUGCAACAACGCGUCAAAUGGAAGCAAGUUUCGAAAAACGGAGUUCGCGUCGGGUCACUGGUCCUGUUACGCAAUUCUCUCCUUCCGCCUUGUAAGUGGGACUUAGCUCGCGUCAUCCGAUGUCACCCGGGUCCAGACGGUUUGAUUCGCGUCGCGACGGUGAAAACCGCGACUUCCGAAUAUACUCGGCCUAUUGUCAAAUUAUGCUUACUUCCGAUAGACGUCGAAAGCCUGGACAACCUUACGUAA